UACUGCGGGACAGCGGGCAAUGUUUUUACAUAUUCUCUUGAUUCAGCUAGCUUUCAGCAACAGCUCUGCGUUGCAGGACUCAGACCGUCCUAAUAUUUUUGCAUCUCUGUCCAACAUGUCCGUGGACUGGGUAGGAUAUGGCUAUGCAACUCUGGUGGCAUCAGGGGGAGUCAUUGGAUAUCUGAAAGCAGGCAGUGUUCCCUCCCUGGGUGCUGGUCUCCUCUUUGGGGGCCUUGCAGGUUUUGGUGCCUACCAGAUCUCCAAUGACCCAAAUGAUAUUUGGGUGUCCCUAGCUACAUCGGGAGCUCUGUCUGCUGUCAUGGGAAAGAGGUUCUAUGGAUCGAGGAAGUUCAUGCCAGCUGGUUUGAUGGCGGGAGCAAGUCUUCUGAUGGUGGGGAAGCUGAGUUUGGCGUUGCUCCAGAAGCCCUCAGAGGCUUGAAGAAGUGAAGGUGUUAAACAUUCGCUCAUGUGGACCUCUUAAAGGAGCCUCUCUGCAUUUGUCAUUUAGUGUUGGAAAUCAUGCCAUGUUGUUUAGAAAUUGUAUAUUUGAGGAUGAAAUAUAUUGUUUAUACAGGAA